AUGUCCACAGGCUCGGUGAGCGACCCCGACGAGAUGGAGCCGCGGGGACUGUCGCGGGGCUACCCGCCCCCCGCCUCCCAGCGGCCGCCCCCGCGCGGCUACGCGUCGCCCAGCGACAACUCGUCGGCGGAGGAGGAGGACCCCGACGGCGAGGACGAGCGGCGGGGCGCGCUGGGCGCGGCCGCUGGCCCGGGCCGCGGCGGGAGGAAGCGGGCGCGCGCGGCGGGGGGCGGCGGCAAGAAGCCCCUCCCGGCCCGGGGCACCCCCGCCGAGGGCCGGCAGUCGCAGCGCAACGCCGCCAACGCCCGCGAGCGCGCCCGCAUGCGGGUGCUCAGCAAAGCCUUCUCCCGGCUCAAGACCAGCCUGCCCUGGGUGCCCCCGGACACCAAGCUCUCCAAGCUGGACACGCUGCGCCUGGCGUCCAGCUACAUCGCGCACCUGCGCCAGCUGCUGCAGGAGGACCGCUACGAGAACGGCUACGUGCACCCGGUGAACCUGACUUGGCCCUUCGUGGUCUCGGGGAGACCCGAUUCUGACAGCAAAGAUGUGUCGGCAGCCAAUAGACUUUGUGGCACCACGGCAUAGCUCGAACUCGCCGGCGCUUGAUGGGAUUAUUGGUUAAAAAGGUGUGUUUGGACCGAACGUGUACUUGGGGACCGUGGAGGAGAAGGGGGAGAGGAUGAGAACCCCAGAGAAUGAAAGGGCAUCUCCGUGGAUUCGUCUAGAUCCUCCUCCCUACUCGGGAACUGUGGACACAGCAGGUGGCAGAUGUGGGGGGAGCAGAACACUGGACCAGAGGCGCAGUCGCUCUCGCGGGGCGCCCACCGCAGGCUGCAGCGAUUCGCAACCACUGGACACUUGAUCGCUCGGUGAAAGAGCCCCUUUUCGUCUGGACAGCUCGAACCCAGACGCCACCUGGGACUUGAACGUUGCAGGCUCCCCGCCGCACACCCGCGCUGCCGUGGGAACCCCGCGCUAAGAUGUAAGCGGGGAACAGAAACCGGUGCGCUUCGUCAGGGUUCUAACACCCCGCCCUCCUUUCGGGCAUGGCUUUAAUCACGGAAGGCUGCACGGAGGGUGCAUUUUUUAAGUCCUCAAGGAGCGGUGGCUUGUGUGGUGCAGCUUUGAGACCUGACUUUGCCCAGCAGGCAAGACGAUGCUGGCUCUGAGCAGAGCUAGGCAGAGAAGGCUCGCUUUCAGCCCCUUCCCUGAAAGCCCCAGGCUAGGUUGUUCCGUUCUGGGUGGUUCCCCUUCCUGCUGUCCUCUAGCUUCUUACAGGCCUCUGGCUGGGGCCCAGAUUCUAUUGACGUUUCUUCUCGCCCCUUUUGCAGCCUUGAGUCUCACCCCAUAUUGCUAGGGCUCCCUCUAAAGCUGGGUGGUGUCUUCAUGUGUUUUCCUGUUCCCUACUUUCUCUCCUAUUAUUUUUUUUUUUCGGGGAAUGGGGGGAGAGGCUACACCCAGGGAAGCUCAGGGUUACUCCUGGCUCUGCACUCAGGAUUUAGGAAUUACCCCUGGCUGUGUUUGGGGACCACAAGGGAUGCUGGGAUCUAACCUAGGGGACAUGUACAUGGAAAGCACCUCAUGAGCCAGCCACUCCCCUCUACUUUGUGCUGCCACCAGCCAUUCCCACCUCUAACUGCAGACCUCCCAUCCGGUUAGCCCCUACACUCUCUACAAAGUCCCUCCUCUCAGCACAGCCUCCGCAGCCACUGCCACCACCCCCCCAACCACCCAGCCACUAAAUUACCCUGGGGACUGCUUGGACUGUGGAUUUCUAGUGGUCAAGUUGGGGGAAUGAGUGGCUGCCCUACAGCAGCAGGUAGUAAUUAGCAAAUGUAAAUAAAUUUAUUUUUUUAUGGACAAUA